AAUAAGAAAAGGACGUAGGUGGAAUUAAAAUUUAUAGCACUAGAAAAGUAAGAAUAUAAGAGCGAUACAAUUCUGACCUUGAAGUUCCUCCCUACUUUUUUUGCUUCUUCGCUUCUAGGUUACCGAAAAACCGAACGACACCAAGAAGAGAGAGAGAGAUGGGCGUGACGAAGGAAGUGGUUGAAGCUACUUUGAAAUCCAAGAUGAAUCCUACUUAUCUUGAAGUAGUAGAUACGUCCGGAGGGUGCGGGGCGAGUUUUGUGGUUGAGAUUGUGUCAGAACAAUUUGAAGGAAAAAGGUUGCUUGAGAGGCACCGAAUGGUGAACACUGCACUGGCAGAGGAAAUGAAAGAAAUUCACGCACUUUCCAUAAAGAAAGCUUUGACCCCAGCUCAGUGGGACCAACAAAAGGAGUCGAACGCUACCGUAUCCGCUACCUAGUGAAAGACGUCAAAGACAGAUGGCAUCCGUAACUGUAAGUAUGCUAGGUUUGGCAGCUAAUGAAAAUACUUAGACAUGAUGGGGAAGUGUUUAAAAACCAUGGUUAUUUGUUGAAUACUUUCAUGUAUAACAGCAUGGCACUGACACAUGAUUACUAUCCAUGAGAAUAUAUUUGUGGCUUGGUGGAAUUCUCUGUUGAAUUUGUUCUAUGCCUUUCUACA